AACUAUUUUGGGCUUACAUGGAGAGAGCAAUUCCGAAAGUUAGUGAAGCAAGGAAUGCAGUUCCGCGCUGUAUUGCCCCGCAUUUAUAGAACAUCUACCUCAUGGAGAUACCAUUAGCAUUUUAAAAUUUUGCAUUUUUUCGGGCUAGGAUCUGCCACAUCUGCUCAAUAGGGCUAUGCCAUGGCCAGUAAAAAGCCACCAAACUUUUCCUGGGUGAUAGACAAUGUACUGGCUGGCUGCGGCUUUCCUUCUAGCCCUGCUCAUAUACAAUACAUGAAAGACAAUGGUGUCAAACAUUUAAUCAGUCUAACUGCUGAGAGGACACCACCUACUCAAGGAUUCACAGGUUUUCGUCUCAUACAGAUCAAGUUAAAAGAUUUUACAUCCCCAACUGUUUACCAGGUGGAUGAUUUUAUUCGAUUUGUGGAUGAGGCCAGACAAAAGGGAGAGGGAGUGGCAGUGCACUGCAUGUUGGGCCGAGGAAGAACGGGUACAAUGCUUGCAUGUUAUCUUGCCAGAGAACAUGGUUUGACAGGGCAACAAGCUAUCGAAGAAACACGGCGAUUGAGGCCUCAUUCCAUUGAAACUGUGGAGCAAGAAGAACUCAUCAAAACAUAUGUUGAACAUUUAAAGAAGCAGAGUAAAUGAGAAGAGUGUUGAUGGCAAUCAACCAAGAUAACCUAAAAUCUUGCAAAAUUACUGUAAAAUAAAGAGAUUUUGCAAGAGUUGGAAGGAAGUGGGGUCAGAAGUAAUGGCAGAAUUGUGAGUGCAGUGCGACAACAAAAAAUAAGUUUGCAGAAUUUACCCUUGUGUAAUUUUCUGGUGGUUUUCUCUUCGGCUCUUUUGCACUAUAGUGUGUAUUCACCUUUUUCUGUCACAUUGUUUUCUAAGAGUGCAUUCCGAGAGAUUUAGAUCGAUCUAUGUGGAUCGACCUAACUCCCUGGGGGUUCACACUAAAUU